AUGCAACAUCUUACAUCAUUAAAUUAUUGUUAUCCACUGUAUAAUUCAUCCUGUUCUAAGGAAGUCCGAUCUCCAGCUAUGUAUGUGGUGAUGUAUAUUUCUGCAGUGGCAGUGGUGAUGCUGACAGUGUGUGGAAACCUGAUGGUGCUUCUUUCUAUCUCUCACUUCAAGCAGCUCCACACACCAACUAACCUUCUCCUGCUCUCCCUGACUGUGGCAGACUUUCUGGUUGGAGUCAUGGUGAUGCCUUUCUCUUUAAUUGAACUAAUAGAAACAUGCUGGUAUUUUGGGGAAACUUUCUGUAUACUUUAUAACAUUUUUGUGUUUGUGCUAACUUCAGUUUCAAUCAGUAAUUUAGUAUUUGUAGCAAUAGAUCGAUAUUUUGCAGUAUGUGAUCCAUUGCUUUAUUCCACCAAAAUAACUAUUAAAAUAACAUGCUUAUUCAUACUGUUGAGCUGGUUAGUGUCACUGCUGUACAAUAUAGCACUUAUUUAUUUUAAUGGAAAUAUGAGCAAAUCUGCAAAAUUGAGUGCUUGCCUUGGAGACUGCUUACUUUCAAUUAGUGAACAUUGGGGCACAGCUGACUUACUGAUUACAUUUGUUUCGCCUUGUUCUAUAAUGUUAACACUUUACUUAAAAAUCUUUAUAGUUGCUAGAAAACACGCACAAGCCAUCAGCUUCAAUGUCUGCGACGAGGAGCUAGCCCUACACAACACUGAAGGUGACACUCACCUUUAUGUCUCAAGGAAGAUUCCCAUCCUGUAA